GUUUGCUUACCCAGCGCAGUAUUGCCAAUAACAACGCAACCAUGCCGCGUCGGAGAUAUAGCGGAUCUCCGUCCUCUCGCACGACUCUUCCCGCACGUCCCACACCUUCAUUGCCAGCCCACCCGCCGCAGGCGCAACCAAAACAGCCGGGUUUGAUGGGACAAAUGGCUGCUACCGCUGGUGGAGUUGCUGCUGGGCACGUGAUGGGAUCGGCAAUAAUGGGUGCACUGUCUGGUGGUAACAACGAAAGUGCUGCAGCUCGUCAAGGCGUUGACACAUCGAACGUGCAACAAGGAAACCCGUGUCAAUUUCAAAUCGAUGAGUUGAUCCGGUGCACCCAAUUGCAACAUGAUAUAACAUUUUGCACGGGGUUUUCUGAAGCGCUCAAGGAAUGCUCUAAGGCUUAUGGUCUCUAUCCCGGACAACACUGACUUUGAAUCGUUUACUCAUUAGUUACGCUGACAUUUAUGUUUCUGUAGUUAAAAAACUCUGCUUGACUUGCUUUUUCUGAUUAUCGCCAAGUUGUUGGUUUAUCGCUGGGUCGCUGGACGCUUCCCUGUUCAUAGAAUGCAUUUGUGUCACAUGAAGCAUGUGUAGUGCACCGAACGAUGUCUCGUUCAUGUAAACGAAUGUGCGACACUCGCUCUUCGUCACUACUAUCCACCUUCUGCAUACUUGUCUUGCUGUUCAUUUAGGAGCAACUGGCCUCAAAACUGUUUCGACUUUUCCGUACAGAUGCAAAUUCAAAUUUUGUCCUUUCAGAACACAUCCGCUAUUCACGGUAUUUGUACUCUAAACGAGCUCCAUUCAUUAAAUCUCCAUUGAGUGUUCGCUCAAUGCUAGACGUUCUGUCAGCAUGAAGACAGUCGGUAACCAGCUAUCCUCAAAUUAACCACUAUGUUUUUAAUGCAUGAUGUAUCAUUCUUUCUAGUUAUGACUAUUGAGAGGAUCUCGCUGUUAAACUGUCCUAUUCUUGGGCUUCCAUUCAGCCCCUUUGAACGGUAUGCGCUAACACCUGGGUGUUGAGUUUUAGACUCAGCUCUAGGUUAUUUUAUCCGAUAUUUCCUUUUGAGGAACCAAGUCAAUGAAAGCGCUGCCUUCCGCCUGUGUAACGUUAGACUAUUGGUUCAACAAGCGUUGUUCUGUGUCUCGAGUAUCGGGUUGCCAAGAUAUGUGAACUCUUGUGGUUAAACACUCUCCGACAUGCUGUAGGCGUGCUAUCAGAGCGCUCUUAAAUUCGUACUG